UGCAAAUUUGCGUGAUAUACUUAUUAGCUGUAUAGUUCCGAUCACAAUUCAGCUCAGAGAGAAUCGAAUCGAGGGCCGUUUUCGCGUCGGCCUUUGCUCUGUGUGAUUGUUUUACAAAAUCGGACAAAGUAUUUAUAAACGCCUUACCGGAGAUGUCGAGCUCAGGCCAAACCCAGUUUCGCUAUACGCAGACGCCGUCGAAGGUGGUGCACCUGCGGAAUCUUCCAUGGGAAUGCGUGGAAGAUGAGCUCAUCGACCUUUGCAAACGAUUCGGCAAGAUCGUCAAUACCAAGAGCAAUGUCGGCGCCAAUCGCAAUCAAGCCUUCGUCGAAUUUGCUGACUUGAAUCAGGCCAUAUCAAUGGUUUCGUAUUAUGCUUCAUCUUCAGAGCCCGCACAGAUUCGGGGAAAAACUGUUUAUAUUCAGUACUCGAAUCGGCAUGAAAUAGUAAACAAUCAGAGUCCUGGAGAUGUCCCUGGAAAUGUCCUUUUGGUUACCUUUGAGGGAGUGGAAUCUCACGAAGUGAGCAUCGAUGUGAUCCAUCUGGUAUUUUCUGCCUUUGGAUUCGUCCACAAAAUUGCCACAUUUGAGAAAGCUGCUGGUUUCCAGGCACUAGUUCAGUUUAGUGAUGUGGAGACUGCAUCAGCGGCAAGGAAUGCGCUGGAUGGCAGAAGUAUACCCAGAUAUCUGCUUCCAGAACAUGUUGGCUCUUGCAAUUUGCGAAUGUCUUAUUCAGCUCAUACUGAUCUAAAUAUCAAGUUUCAGUCCCACCGUAGCAGGGAUUACACAAAUCCAUACCUUCCAGUGAAUCAUACUGCAAUGGAUGGAUCUUUGCAGCCUGCUUUGGGUGCUGACGGAAAGAAGGUAGAAUCUCAGAGCAACGUCCUUCUCGCUUUGAUUGAGAAUAUGCAGUAUGCUGUCACUGUGGAUGUUCUUCACACGGUGUUUUCUGCGUAUGGAACUGUCCAGAAGAUUGCGAUAUUUGAGAAAAACGGUUCAACGCAAGCCUUGAUUCAAUACUCUGAUAUACCAACGGCGGCAAUAGCUAAAGAAGCGCUGGAAGGACACUGCAUAUAUGACGGUGGCUACUGUAAGCUUCGACUAUCAUACUCUCGUCAUACUGAUCUCAAUGUAAAGGCUUUUAGCGACAAAAGCAGAGACUACACACUGCCAGAUCUAAGCCUGCUUGUGGCCCAAAAAGUGCCCGGAGUCUCAGCGUCUGCGCCAACAAGUGGUUGGCAGAAUACGCAGGUGCAAACUCAAUACGCAGGUUAUGGUGGAAGCCCAUAUGUCUACCCAUCAGCUGAUCCCACUGGGGCUUCACCUUCUGGCCAUCCUCCUCCUCCUUACUAUGGUUGAUAAUGAUUAUGUUGCUGUUUUCUUUAAAUUUCGUUUUUUUUUGCUGUCGUCUAAGACCCGUUUAACUGGGGAGUUUCUAUGUUUAGGUUUCACCAGUAAAAGUGUGAUUCUUCUUCCUUUUUUUUUUCGUUUAAUAGACAUUUAAGUAAACCCAAUAAUAAUAAAUCAAAACCCGCUAUUAUGCGAGUUUCA